AUGGCGUCUUCCGGGUCGCUGAAGGAUUUGACGAAGGCCAUUACUGUGUACUGCAGCAAUGCGCCGACACUGCCCCUUCCAGAAGAGCUUAUCCAAACGAUCGAGGCUUACAUAUCCCGACACGAGAAGUUUGAUGAAUCUGGCUCAGAAAAACUCCACGAUGAGCUCCAGUCCAUCUACCAGAAGCACGUCAACGGCAUACAUGCGAACUUGGCUGGCUUUAUUGCCGUCCUUCGUCGUCUGAUGCCAAUCCUGCGCGUCCCGUCGCGCGUUUUCUACUGGUGGGAUACUCUGCAAGAAGUGACCCAGGCCAACUGUACCAUGGAAAAAAGCGUGCUGGACGAAAUAAUCACGGGGAUGCUAGAUAUGCUUCUAGUCGAGGAUCAGUAUGACCGGGAAUCCGAUAGCAACACGACUUUGAAUACCUUUGCCGAGCGGCUAUACACGACCUGGUUGGGAAUGCACCAUGCUGUGGAAACAGGCGACGUCCAAAGUGCCGUGGCAUCGGAGCGUGCUAUCCGGGGAGCGCUCGUAACGUGGGGCAAGAAGAAACCGAAGCCCUUUCUCGACCUGCUCGAUCGCUUCUUCGUAAAGAGCGAAUAUCGAACCAGAACCAUCAGAAUGCUCUCCGAGUUUAUGCAGAACCAGCCUCCACAUCUAUACCUCAUGUUACAGACACCGCUUUUCGGCAACCUGCUACGAUGCCUACAGCUAGAUACCUCGACUGUGGUGGUAUCAUUAGCUCUCACCACCCUGAUUAUGGCCCUGCCGCAUAUGCCCAGUGCUCUUAUACCGUAUCUUCCCACCUUGUUCAACAUUUAUGCAAGACUACUAUUCUGGGAUCAUGAAAGAACUGGGAUCGUCGAGGCUGGAGCUGACGAUUCAGAGAAUAAAGGCUCUGCUUCCAAUACUGGCUGGGAAACAUGCACAUUCUCCCCAGACACUGACGAGCUAAGCAUAGUCCAUCUCGCCGACUACUUUACUAUUCUCUACGGGCUAUAUCCCCUCAACUUCACGGAUUAUAUCAGAAAACCUCACCGGUAUCUGAGGCAUGCGAAUGUAGCCAAUGAAGCCGAUGUGGACGUCCAGCCCACGGAGAUGCGUCACAAGUCAGAGAAAUUCCGGCGAGAUCAUCUCUUACACCCCAACUUCUACACACUCACUGUAGAGUCAGAAAAGACGGACAUGGGAAGGUGGCUGAACAGCGAGCCUGCCGUGUUGGUUGCGGAUUGCUUCGCGUUGCGCGUUCCUACGCGUUUGGGAGCGGAAGAGCACGGGCUUGCCCCGCAACUGCAAGGAGGCACGUCGUUGGUUCUAUCCAUGGACGGCUCAGGCUCGGAGCAGGAAGGUGUGCAAACGGCUCUCCUCAGUGGUCUUGGACCCGACCCGGGUUUAGAGAGUUGGCGAAACUCCCGAGGCUCGGGUGCGGAUUCCCCGGCGAGCAGCCGCGUUCCGUCCCUGGUCCAGCGACACGCGUCGCUAUCUAGCCGUCCUUCGAAUGCCGACAUGAGCGAGGCGCGGAGUCGACAAGCAGGGCCCGGAGGUGACAGUCCAACUCUACCCCCGCAGCUGACGGUGUCCAACCCGCAGACGCAGCUGCAAGACAUGCUCCAGUCGAACAAGGCCAUCAAGUCAGGCCUUCACCAGUCGCUAGCAAACGAUAGCGUCCCAUCGUUGGCACUGAGCCAUGCGGAAUCGGCCCAUGAGAGGCCCAUUAGUCGAGUACCCACUCCCGGUCCAGCCGCGCCGUCGACAGUCUCUCUUUCCCAAGGGGAUCUGCUUUCCAGGGUGACACAGCUGCAGCAACACGUCAUGCUGCUGCAGAAUGACCUCAACUUUGAGAGGUACUUGAAGCAGCAGCACAUGGCUCACAUUGGUGAGUUGCGGCGAGCGCACGUCAGGGAGGCAGCAAGUGAGGCCGAGACACAGAACCUCAUCAUGGCAAAUCGGAACUUGAAGAACCGGCUAGAGGAUGCCAAGAAGGCCGAGAUGCAGAUCAGAAAGGAAUCGGAGAAAAGCCGCGCAUUGGCCAAAAAGUGGGAGUCAGAUUUCUCGGCGAAGCUUCUCGCGCGGCGGGAAGAAGUGAAGAAGACCAAAGCGGAGGGGGAGGCUCUCCAGCAGGAGCUGCAGAGCGCCAAGCAAGAAUGCGAGAAGCUGAGGAAGAUUGUCUGCGAGGCAGAGGUCAGGGAGCUGAACUCGAGGCAGAACAAGCAGUCGGUCGAGCUGGACAAGAAGGAUAUGGUCAGACUCAAGGCGGAAGUGGAACGGCUGACGAUGUUCGAGCGAGACCUGCAGACGAAGGAAGCAGAGCGCGAAACCGCUAUGCGCUUGGCAGCCGAGGCCGAGAAGCGGACGGAGGAGUUGAACAUGAAACUCGCAGCGAGAGAGCAUGAGCUGCAGAAGACGACAAGAUUCUUCCAAUCUCAGAUAGCGACUCUACAUGCGAAACUCACAGAGGCUCAGGCGGGACCGCGUUGCAGGCCCGCCAACGAGAGCAACUCGGCGAUACAGAGCGCCUUGGCGGCUAGCCGGGCCAAGCAGACCGAGAUGGAGAGGGAGUACGGGAACCUGUUGCGCAGGUACACCGCGCUGCAGCUGCAGUACGAGGAGUGUAAGAUGGAACUAAACUCCACGAUGGGACCGUCGCGGAACGAACUGGGCUUCCGGAUGGACAGCGAGAACGGGUCGUCACAUUCGACCAGCCCCGUCAAUGUGAGGGCGGGCCCCCAUCGCAUUCUGACAGAUCACGACUCCCAAGAUCCGGCAUCUUACACCAGAACAGCGCCAACCGAUUUGAAGCCAUCGACCCCAGGGGCGGUAUCCACUUCUCCGGGAACACCUGCGGAGUUGUUGGGGUUCGGGGUCAGUGCGAGCCCGGAGCUGCGGUUCCACGGACGAGGUGGCGUGCAAAACAAAAUACGCAGAGAGGAUAAGGGUAAGCAGAAAGACGAAGGUGGGGACAAGAAGGAGAAGAAGUCCACGGGACUCCGCGGCAUUCGCGGAUUUGUGUGA